AUGUAUCGUAUAGGCGUGGAUGUAGGCGGAACCAACACGGACGCCGCGAUUCUAGACAUCGCAGCGUCGGACUCGCCAAAUCGCGGCGUCCUAGCAUCAUGCAAGUCGUCCACCACCGAGGACAUAACAUCAGGCAUCGCCAGCGCUAUAGGCACGGUUCUUACCAAUUCCAAUGUUCCUAAGGCCGACGUCCUAAGCGUCACUAUCGGCACUACACAUUUUGUAAAUGCUCUCGUCGAAGCCGACACCCGGCGACUUAGUCGCGUGGGCGUCGUGCGCCUUUGCGGGCCUUUCACACGACAGAUCCCGCCCUUCACCGACUUCCCCGUCGGACUUCGGCGGAUUAUGGACGGCGGAGCAUGGUACUUGAACGGCGGCCUGGAGAUUGACGGGCGAGAGAUCUCUCCUCUCGACCCUGGCCAAAUUAAGGCCUGCGUCGAGGAGUUGCGCUCCAGAGGCGUCACGGCAGUGGCCCUCGUCGGCGUCUUCUCCCCACUCGAUCACGAAGGCACCCACGAAGAAAAGUGCAAGCGGCAGAUGUUAGCACUGAACCCAGCCUUAAACGUCGUUUGCAGUCACAAUAUCGGGCCUCCGGGAUUGCUCGAGCGGGAGAACGCAACUAUCUUGAACGCGUCCAUCCUAGCAACAGCAAGAAAAACGGUACGCGGAUUUAAGUUGGCAAUGAAGCGCUUACAGCUCAGCUGUCCGUUGUAUCUGUCCCAGAAUGACGGAACACUCGUCGGCGCCAACGAGGCGGCGGAUUUCCCCAUCAAAACAUUUGCAAGCGGCCCGACCAACAGCAUGACAGGAGCAGCAUUCCUUGCGGGGCUGGACGGGCCGCGAGUCUCGCAAGCCGAUGGUGAGGUAACCGGCUCUAUCAAGGAAAAUCAUCAAGUCUUAGUCAUAGAUAUCGGCGGAACUACUACCGACGUCUGCGCGCUUCUUCCGACCGGAUUUCCACGCCAAGCCCCGAACUUCGUCGAGAUCGGCGGCGUCAGGACGGCCUUUUCCAUGCCCGAAGUCGUUUCUAUAGGUCUUGGCGGAGGAAGCAAGAUCGGAACCGACUCAAAAACCGGCGAAGUCACGGUUGGCCCCGACUCCGUCGGUCACUUUUUGACCGAGCAGGCACUAGUCUUCGGCGGAUCCGUCCUUACCGCCAGCGACGUCGUGGUCGCGUCCGGAGGCGCCCAGCUCGGCGAUCCCUCCAAGACUUCUGGCGUCGCCCCUGACACAGUAUUAGCAGCAAAGAACAAGAUAAAGCAGAUGCUUCAGUCGGUCGUCGAAAAGAUGAAAGUCUCCGAAGCACCGGUGCAUGUUCUUCUAGUCGGCGGCGGCUCACUUCUCGUCACCGACGACCUCAAACUCGACAACGUCGCCACGUGUCAGAAACCUAUCCACCACGGCGCCGCCAACGCGGUCGGCGCAGCUAUCGCAAAGGUAGCCGGCGAGAUCGACAUCAUAGAAAUCCUGGAAGGGAAGGAUGAAAAGGCCGUCGUCGGUGCCGCCUGCGAGAGAGCGACGCGAGAGGCAAUUCGCAAAGGGGCGGCUCCGGGGGAUGUGAAGAUCGUAUCGAUCGACAAGAUCGCGUUACAGUACACGACUAAAAAGGCAACGCGGCUCGUCGUCAAAGCAGUAGGGCAGCUAGCCACCCCCGACGCCGGACUUACCACGCUACCAGCCGAGAAUCAGCAACUAGACGGAGACGAAGAAGAAGAAGAUGAGACGAAGGAGGGAGUAAAGGCGCACAUACCCGACGCAGCCGAACCGGUUGCGAAGCCGUGUUUAAAGACGGAUCUCGACACCUACCGGCCCGAAGUGAGAGAUAAAACAUGGUAUCUCUCCGAGGUCGACCUGGAGCUUAUCGCAACAGGAACGGGCGUCCUGGGCACCGGCGGCGGCGGACCUUCUUACCACGAAUUCCUCAAGAGCCUCAACGUUCUACGAAGCGGAGGGUCUGGGAAGAUGCGCGUCAUCUCGCCGCAAACUCUCAAAGAUUCCGACCUAGUCUGUUUCGGAAGCUGGUACGGCGCUCCGAGCGUGAUCAACGAGCGACUCGCUAGCGGAACCGAAAUCGUAGACGGAAUCGAAGCCGUAAAGAGCAUACUCGGCAUCGACUCAUGUCAAGCGGUCAUAGCAGAUGAAAUCGGCGGCGGAAACGGGAUGAGCACCUUCCCCACCGGCGUCCAUUACGACAUCCCAAUAGUUGACGGAGACGCGAUGGGACGGGCGUAUCCCACUAUGUAUCACUCGACAUUGUACAUUAAUGACGAACCUAUAAUGCCUUGCGCACUCACCGACGCCAGAGGCAACGUCUCGAUCGUGAUGCAAGCCGAAUCGCCCACCCGCGUCGAAUCUAUCCUUCGAACAACAGCCGUCGAGCUCGGCCUGGGUUGCGCCGUUUGCGCGAGGCCAUUAAGCGGAGACGUGAUUCGACAGUACGUCGUCGAAAACACCGUCUCCCAAGCCUGGUAUCUCGGGCGAGCGGUACAUCAGGCUAGGAAGUAUAAGAGAAGCCUCACCGACGCUAUUUUUCGUAACACCCCUGGAAAAUUGCUUUUCACGGGUAAAGUCAUCGACGUACGGCGUGAUAUCGGUGGCGGUUACACAAUGGGUAGCGUCCUGAUCGCGCCUUUCAACGACGAAGAGACUGCUUCCAACACCGGCAUCGACGACCAGCGUCACAUGAUCAUCCCAUUUCAAAACGAGUUCUUAUAUGCCGCUUACACGGACUCAAACGGAGCAGAAGAGAGCGAGAUCGUCUGCACCGUGCCUGAUCUCAUCUCCAUCCUCGGCCAAGACGGGGAAGCGCUCGGGUCGCAGGAGUUGCGGUACGGCCUGCAGGUAAGCGUCAUCGGAAUGCCGUCGCACCCGUUGUGGAAAACGGAUAUAGGGCUCAAGGUUGGCGGACCUGAGGGAUUCGGCUUAAAGAUACCUUUUAAGGGGGUGGGCAAGUAUGCGCCGCCUAAAAGUGUCAUUGACGAGUUUAACGCGUAA